AACACUUGUAGAGUUCCACUUGCUUCUUCAUCUCUAUACUUGGGAAGAAGAAGAAGAGGAGAGAGAGAGAGAACAUUAUCUAUCCUUCCUUCAAUGGCAUUCUUCCCAUUGAUUCUUGUCAUCAUCUCUCUAUCUUCAUUAAUCUUCAUCAACCCAGUUCAAUCUCAGCUCAAACCAAACUACUACCACAAAUCCUGUCCCAGAUUCGACCAGAUUAUACAAGAAACCAUCACAAACAAACAAAUCAUUUCCCCAUCCACCGCCGCCGGCACUCUCCGCCUCUUCUUCCACGACUGUUUCGUCCAAGGUUGCGACGCAUCCGUCCUAAUCACAUCCACCCCUUUCAACAAAGCCGAACGUGAUGCCGACAUCAACCUCUCCCUCCCCGGCGACGCCUUCGAUGUCAUCGUCCGAGCCAAGAUCGCCCUCGAACUCGCCUGCCCCGGAAUCGUAUCCUGCGCAGACAUUCUCGCCGUCUCCACCCGCGACCUAGUCAGAAUGGUCGGAGGACCUUACUACAACCUGAAACUAGGACGAAAAGACUCUUUUACUUCCAAAUCCAUCAAUGUCGACGGAAAAUUACCCAAACCCACCAUGUCAAUCAAUCAAUUACUUGACAUUUUCUUCUCCAAUGGCUUCUCUAUCCAGGAAAUGGUGGCGCUUAGCGGCGCGCAUACAAUUGGGUUUUCUCACUGCAAAGAAUUCAGCUCAGGAUUAUACAAUUACGGUGGAAAGAAGGAACAAUUCGAUCCCACUUACAAUCCUAGGUUUGCAGAGGCUUUAAGGAAAGCGUGUGCCGAUUCCCAGAAAAACCCGACACUAUCGGUAUUCAACGACAUAAUGACACCCAACAAUUUCGAUAACUCCUACUUCCAGAAUCUUCCAAAGGGGUGGGGACUUCUGUCAUCUGAUCGUGCCUUCUUCUCCGAUCAGAGGACGAAGCCUUUUGUGCAGCUCUUUUCAGCAAACCAGACUGCAUUCUUUGAGGCAUUUGGUUUAGCAAUGGUGAAGUUGAGUGAAAAUGGGGUGAAGAUUGGAAGGCAGGGAGAGAUUAGACGCAGGUGUGAUGCAUUUAAUUGAUUUUACGAAAGAGAUUGGAUCCCUUUCUUCAAUGAUUAUACAAAUUAUUACU